AUGAAGCAAUCAAAUCUGUUCGUCUAUAUAGUCUCACUUGUAUUCCUCGUUCCGGUGUCGGUGUCAGCUUUACCAUCCGAAGCAAGCGCAUUUCGAUUUACCAAUCCAACCACAUACCCUUCUCUGAGUGAUGGCCGACCGGUAUCGGCCUUUGAUAUCAUCACUAACAUCGACGAAUUAAAGUUUGCGAUCAAGUUCUCCCUAAAAACAAACGACGACCUUAUAUCACAAGACGCCACUGUCCAGCAUUCAAAUAGACGAACAACGGGCGAAAGACAGUCCAUCCCCAGGCUCUACCUGACCAAAGGAUCAGUAUGGAUUCAAGAAAGAGCGGGCACAAAGUGGGAGGACGCUGGAUGGGCACGCUUUGCUGUCAGCCAAGGUAAAGAAGGUGUCUCGUUUGAUGGAACGUUCACCCUCUUUGACUCGCAGUACGAGGUGCAGCUGGAGGGAGAUGACAAUGAGUCCCCGAAAAUGAUAGCCCACAAACGCAAUUCAGACUUCACAGUCGGCAAUCACACAUCGCACUCGUGCGCCACUGCACAUGAAGAGUUCCUAGACAAACGGCAGCUUGGAUGGAAUGCAUGGGGCGAUAAUCUGGCAGAGAACAUUGGAAAUACCUACGGUUGUCCGAACGCAAGACGGAUUGCCAACAUCGGUAUCAUGACCGAUUGUACUUACAGCGCAAGCUUCAAUUCCUCGGAAUCUGCCCGCAGAUACAUCUUGAACAUGGUGAACACGGCUUCGGUUGUAUUUGAAAAUAGCUUCAAUGUCUCCCUCAGCAUUCAGAAUCUGACUAUAAGUGACGAUGAGUGCCCAACGACUACCUCGACAUCUACGUGGAAUGCUCCAUGUUCCGAGGGCGAUUUGAACUCUCGUCUUCAGAGUUUCUCCUCGUGGAGAAGCUCAAUCAGUGACACGAACGCAUAUUGGACUCUUCUGACCGGAUGUUCAGUGAACGGAGGCGAGGUCGGCGUCUCUUGGAUUGGCGCAUUGUGCAAUUCUGGGUCUGGAUCUGGUGCAAUUAACGGCGGAGCCAGCGCCAACGUCGUUGCGCGCACACAGUCCGAAUGGCAGGUUUUUGCGUAA